AGCCUCAGUCACUCCGCGAGGAAAGCGCCCCCCCUGCAUCUCCUCCACCUCCUCUCUGAUACUUUACCAAUUAAGGCUCUCGCAUUUGAGGGCCGCGGAGGAGCGAAGGAGAUAGAAAAGGCCGAGGGGUGUCACUCGUGCUCUUUCUGGAGCCAACACUACUAGCAUUCCCCCCUCUGGGAGGCUCGCGCGGAGACCGGACCGGACCGGGAGGAGACAGUGCGCUCUGCUCCUGCGUGCAGAAAGAAGGACGUGAGGAUACAAGACAAGACCGAGACCACCAGCAGGACUGCAGUAACUGACUGAACAACUUCUUAAAGAAGAGACUAGCGGUUCUUCCAGGCCCCGCCCUAAAGAAAAAACAGCGAACCAGCGAGCUAGUGAAAGGGAGAGCCGAGUCCUUAAAAAUGAGUCAACACCCACGGCUCCACCAGUCGAGCGCAACCUCCCCCGCGCCCAACGCCUCUCUCAGCCCGGACAAGGACGCAGACAUGCCCGCCACGGAGAAAGACCUGGCCGAGGACGCGCCGUGGAAGAAGAUCCAGCAGAACACCUUCACCCGCUGGUGUAACGAGCACCUGAAAUGCGUGAACAAGCGCAUCGCCAACCUGCAGACGGACCUGAGCGACGGGCUGCGGCUCAUUGGGCUCCUGGAGGUGCUGAGCCAGAAGAAGAUGUUCCGCAAGUACAACCAGCGGCCCACCUUCAGGCAGAUGCAGCUGGAGAACGUCUCCGUGGCUCUGGAGUUCCUGGACCGGGAGAAUAUUAAGCUCGUCUCCAUAGACAGUAAAGCCAUAGUGGACGGAAAUCUGAAGCUCAUCCUGGGACUGAUAUGGACACUUAUCCUGCACUACUCCAUCUCCAUGCCCAUGUGGGACGAGGAGGAGGACACGGACGAUGCCAAGCAGAAGACUCCCAAGCAGAGGCUCCUGGGCUGGAUUCAGAACAAGCUGCCCGAGCUGCCGAUCACCAACUUCAGUCGCGACUGGCAGUCAGGAAAAGCCCUGGGAGCUCUUGUGGACAGUUGUGCUCCAGGUCUGUGUCCGGAUUGGGACUCCUGGGAUCAGACAAAGCCAGUGGACAAUGCCCGUGAGGCUAUGCAGCAGGCUGAUGAGUGGCUAGGAGUUCCUCAGGUUAUCACUCCAGAGGAAAUUGUUGAUCCCAAUGUGGAUGAACACUCCGUCAUGACCUACCUGUCACAGUUCCCUAAGGCCAAGCUAAAGCCCGGCGCCCCUCUUCGUCCCAAACUCAACCCCAAAAAGGCUCGCGCCUAUGGGCCAGGUAUUGAGCCCACUGGUAACGUGGUAAUGAAGAAGGCAGUGUUCACUGUGGAGACAAUCAGCGCAGGUCAAGGAGAAGUUCUGGUUUAUGUGGAGGAUCCGGCAGGUCACCGUGAGGAGGCUAAAGUCACUGCCAACAACGACAAGAACCGCACUUACUCAGUAUUCUACAUUCCUAAAGUAACUGGGAUGCAUAAAGUUACAGUGCUGUUUGCAGGGCUGCACAUCUCAAAGAGCCCGUUUGAGGUGGACGUGGGGAUGGCUCAGGGAGACUCCAGCAAGGUAACAGCCCAGGGUCCAGGCUUGGAGGCUGUUGGGAACAUUGCAAAUAAGACCACCUACUUCGAUGUCUACACUGCAGGUGCAGGAGUUGGUGAGGUAGAGGUGGUAAUUAUGGACCCCAGUGGCAAAAAGGACACGGUAGAGUGCCAGAUUGAGGAUAAAGGCAACAGCAGCUACCGUUGCACCUAUAAGCCCACCCAGGAAGGCCAGCAUAUCAUCUACAUCACGUUUGCUGGAGGCCAAAUUUCCAAGAGCCCCUAUACAGUCAGCGUGGGAGAGGCCUGUAAUCCCAGCCUUUGCGUAGCCAAGGGCCGUGGUCUGCAGCCCAAAGGCCUGCGGAUUAAGGAGACAGCUGAAUUUAAGGUCUACACCAAAGGAGCUGGCACUGGAGAAUUGAAAGUUACCAUCAAAGGGCCUAAGGGUCUGGAGGAGCCAUGUAAGAAGAAGGAUCUGGGAGAUGGUGUCUAUAGCUUUGAGUAUUACCCCACCACACCUGGAAACUAUAUCAUCACAAUCACCUGGGGUGGACAGCAUAUUCCUCGCAGUCCAUUCGAAGUAAAGGUGGGCACUGAAGCUGGAGCACAGCAGGUGCGGGCAUGGGGUCCAGGGUUGGAGAGUGGUGUUGUGGGCAAAUCGGCUGACUUUGUCGUGGAGGCGGUUGGGGAUGAUGUUGGUACUUUGGGAUUCUCUGUGGAGGGCCCAUCCCCGGCUAAGAUUGAGUGUGAUGAUAAGGGCGAUGGUUCCUGUGACGUGCGGUACUGGCCCACAGAGCCCGGAGAGUAUGCAGUGCAUGUGCUCUGUAAGAAUGAGGACAUCCAGCACAGCCCCUUCAUGGCUGAGAUCAAACCAGCACCAGACAGAGACUUCUAUCCUGACAAGGUAAAGGCUUAUGGUCCUGGCCUUCAGAGCAGUGGUCUUUCUGUGGGGAAACCAGCAGAGUUCACAGUGGAUGCCAAACUGGGUGGCAAAGCUCCUCUAAAGAUCCAAGCCCAGGACCGGGAUGGAAACCCAGUAGAUGUACAGGUGAAGGACAAUGGCAAUGGGACGUACAGCUGCAGCUACACCCCACGCAAACCCCUUAAACACACGGUCAUGGUGUCUUGGGGUGGCGUCAACAUCCCAGAAAGCCCCUUCAGGAUGAAUAUUGGUGCUGGAUGCCAUCCUAAUAAGGUGAAAGUAUCUGGACCUGGUGUUGCCAAGACAGGCCUGAAGGCCUUUGAACCAACCUACUUCACUGUGGACUGUGCUGAGGCCGGCCAGGGUGACAUCAGCAUCGGGAUUAAAUGCGCUCCAGGGGUGGUUGGACCAGCUGAGGCUGACAUCGACUUUGACAUCAUCAGAAAUGAUAACGACACUUUCACAGUUAAAUACACUCCCCCAGGAGCUGGCAGCUACACCAUCAUGGUUCUGUUUGCUGAUCAGGCUAUUCCCAUGACUCCUAUUAGAAUUAAGGUGGACCCCUCUCACGAUGCCAGCAAAGUCAAAGCAGAGGGCCCUGGUCUUAGCCGAACUGGUGUGGAACUGAACAAACCGACUCACUUCACUGUGAACACUAAAGGAGCAGGCAAGGCUAAGCUGGAUGCUCAGUUCACUGGCCCCACCAAGGGAGAGGCUGUCCGGGACUUUGACAUUGUAAACAACCAUGACAACACAUACACUGUCAAAUACACUCCUGUGCAGCAGGGUAAUAUGGGUGUGAAUGUGACCUAUGGUGGUGACCCUAUUCCCAAGACUCCCUUCGCUGUGGCCGUGGCACCUUCUCUGGAUCUGAGCAAGGUUAAGGUUGCAGGCCUUGGAGACAAAAUGACUGUUGGAAAAGACCAGGAUAUCACAGUGAAAUCAAAGGGUGCAGGCGGUCAAGGUAAAGUUGGUGCGAAGGUGACUGGACCUGCUGGCAAGCCAGUGCCCUGUAAGGUGGAGCCAGGUCUGAGCCCAGAGACCAGCCAGGUCCGCUUCAUCCCCAGAGACAAGGGGCCGUAUGAGGUGGAGCUCACUUACGAUGGUGUGCCCAUCCCAGGAAGUCCCUUCCCUGUGGAGGCUGUGGCUCCUACUGACCCAUCUAAGGUCCGCUGCUCUGGCCCAGGUUUGGAGCGUGCCAAGGUUGGUGAGACUGGCCAGUUCGUGGUUGACUGCACCAACGCUGGCCCUGCUGAGCUGACCAUAGAAAUCAUCUCUGAUAAUGGCACUGAGGCAGAGGUUCAUAUCCAGGACAAUGGAGACGGAACAUAUACCAUUACCUACAUCCCUCUGUACCCUGGAGCGUACACCCUGACCAUCCGCUAUGGUGGCCAGGAUGUGCCAAACUUCCCUGCAAGACUCCAUGUUGAGCCAGCUGUAGAAACCAGUGGUGUGAAGGUGUUUGGACCUGGUGUUGAAGGAAAAGGUGUUUUCAGAGAGGCUACCACAGAAUUCACUGUUGACGCUCGUGCCCUCACUAAAACGGGCGGCAAACACAUCAAAACCUGUGUCAACAACCCAUCUGGCAACUGCACUGAAGCCCUCAUCAGAGACCAGGGAGAUGGUACCUAUAAAGUGGAAUACACUCCAUAUGAAGAGGGUCCGCACAGCGUGGAGGUUGCCUACGAUGAUUCCCCAGUGCCCAACAGUCCCUUCCGUGUGCCGGUGACUGAAGGCUGUGACCCUGCACGUGUCCGAGUGCACGGCCCAGGACUGAAGGCUGGCCUCACCAACAAACCCAACAAAUUCACUGUGGAGACCCGUGGGGCGGGUACAGGAGGAUUGGGCUUGGCUAUGGAAGGACCCUCCGAGGCCAAGAUGUCCUGCACUGAUAAUAAAGACGGCAGCUGCUCUGUAGAGUACAUACCAUAUGAGCCAGGGACUUACAACCUCAAUAUCACUUAUGGAGGCCAACCAAUUACUGGAAGCCCCUUCUCUGUGCCAGUCCAGGAUACAGUUGAUCCUACCAAGGUUAAGUGCCAGGGACAGGGUAUCGGGACAAAUGUUCGGGCUAAUAUCCCACAGGUGUUCACUGUGGAUGCCAGCAAAGCAGGCAUGGCUCCUCUGCAGGUCAGAGUGCAGGGACCCAAAGGUGUUGUGGAACCAGCUGAAGUGGUUGAUAAUGGAGAUCAGACCCACACAGUGAGCUACGUACCAACCAGAGAGGGACCAUAUUCCAUUAAUGUACUGUACGCUGAUGAGGAAAUUCCACGCAGUCCUUAUAAGGUAAAGGUUCUGCCCACUCAUGAUGCCAGUAAGGUGCGUGCCAGUGGCCCUGGGCUUAAUACCACUGGUGUGCCUGCCAGUCUGCCUGUGGAGUUCACAAUUGAUGCCAAAGAUGCAGGAGAAGGACUUCUGGCUGUCCAGAUUACUGAUCCAGAAGGGAAGCCCAAGAAAGCAAACAUUCGGGAUAACCAAGAUGGUACAUACUUGGUGUCCUAUGUGCCAGACAUGACAGGGCGCUACACCAUCCUGAUUAAGUAUGGCGGAGAUGAAAUCCCUUACUCUCCAUACCGCAUCCGGGCCCUGCCAACAGGAGAUGCCAGCAAAUGCACAGUCACAGUCUCAAUUGGAGGUCACGGUUUGGGUGCUGGAGUUGGUCCCACUAUCCAGAUCGGGGAGCAGACGGUCAUCACUGUGGAUGCAAAGGCUGCCGGAAAGGGGAAGGUGACCUGCACGGUGUGCACUCCAGAUGGUGCAGAGGUGGAUGUGGAUGUGGUUGAGAAUGAGGAUGGAACCUUUGACAUCUUCUACACGGCCCCCCAGCCUGGGAAGUACGUCAUCUGCGUCCGCUUUGGAGGAGAGCACAUUCCCAACAGCCCCUUCCAGGUCAUGGCUUUGGAAGGUGCCUCCCCUGAACAACUUAUGCAGCAGACCCAGGUCCCGCAGUACGCCUACGCGCCCAACAUGGGCCAGCCAUGGGCAACAGACAGGCCCAUGGGCAUGAAUGGACUGGAUGUGGCUGGAUUGAGACCCUUUGACUUGGUCAUUCCAUUCACCAUCCAGAAGGGAGAAGUCACAGGUGAAGUGAGGAUGCCAUCUGGAAAAGUGGCCAGGCCAGAAAUUGCAGAUAAUAAGGAUGGCACUGUUACAGUGAAGUACGCUCCUACUGAGGCUGGACUGCAUGAGAUGGACAUCAAAUAUGAUGGAAUACAUAUUCCAGGAAGCCCACUGCAGUUCUAUGUGGAUUAUGUCAACAGUGGUCAUGUGACUGCUUAUGGUCCUGGUCUGAUUCACGGCAUGGUCAAUAAGCCAGCGGUUUUCACAGUCAACACCAAAGAUGCAGGAGAAGGUGGUCUUUCUCUUGCCAUUGAGGGGCCCUCAAAGGCAGACAUCAGCUGUGUUGAUAACCAGGAUGGUACCUGCACUGUCUCAUACCUCCCUGUUUUGCCUGGAGACUACAACAUCCUUGUCAAGUACAACGACAAGCAUAUUCCUGGCAGUCCGUACGUGGCAAAGAUCACAGGAGAUGACUCCAUGCGCAUGUCCCAUCUUAAAGUGGGCUCUGCUGCUGACAUCCCAUUGGACAUUGGUGAGCUAGAUCUGAGCCAGCUGACCGCCUCUCUUACCACUCCAUCUGGUCGUGAAGAGCCAUGUCUGCUCAAGAUGCUCCGUAACGGGCAUGUGGGUGUCUCCUUCGUGCCUAAAGAGAUCGGCGAGCAUCUUGUGAAUAUAAAGAAAAAUGGCCGCCAUAUUCCUAGUAGCCCCAUUUCUGUUAUGAUCAACCAGUCAGAGAUUGCUGAUGCCAGCAGAGUGCGUGUUUCUGGCCAGGGCCUGAGUGAGGCUCGCACGUUUGAGCCAGCAGAGUUCAUCAUUGAUACCAGAGAUGCAGGCUAUGGUGGUCUUAGCCUGUCCAUUGAAGGACCCAGCAAGGUGGACAUUAACACUGAGGAUCAGGAAGAUGGAACCUGCAAAGUUACCUACUGCCCCACUGAGCCAGGAAAUUACAUAAUCAACAUCAAAUUUGCUGAUCAGCAUGUUCCAGGAAGCGCUUUCACAGUGAAGGUGACUGGAGAAGGCAGGAUGAAGGAGAGCAUUACUCGUAAGAGAAGAGCUGCAUCUGUUGCAAAUGUUGGUAGCCAGUGUGACCUGAGCCUGAAGAUACCCGAGAUCAGCAUCGCUGACAUGACUGCCCAGGUAACCAGUCCCUCUGGAAAGGUGCACAAGGCGGAGAUCAUGGAAGGAGAGAACAACACAUACUGCAUUCGCUUUGUGCCCACUGAGAUGGGUGUUCACACAGUCAGUGUGAAGUACCAGGGCCAGCAUGUCCCAGGCUCCCCGUUCCAGUUCACAGUUGGGCCACUAGGUGAAGGGGGGGCUCACAAGGUCCGGGCAGGAGGUCCAGGGCUGGAGAGAGCAGAGGCUGGAGUACCAGCUGAAUUUAGUAUAUGGACACGUGAGGCUGGAGCUGGGGGUCUGUCCAUUGCUGUUGAGGGCCCCAGCAAAGCUGAGAUUGCCUUUGAAGACCGUAAAGAUGGAUCCAGUGGUGUCUCCUAUAUUGUCCAGGAGCCUGGAGAUUAUGAAGUAUCCAUCAAGUUUAACGAUGAGAACAUCCCCGACAGUCCAUUUGUGGUGCCUGUGGCCUCACCCUCUGAUGACGCUCGCCGACUUACUGUUGCCAGUCUUCAGGAGUCCGGCUUAAAGGUGAACCAACCAGCAUCCUUCGCUGUGAGCCUGAAUGGGGCAAAGGGUGUCAUUGACGCCAAAGUUCAUAGCCCAUCCGGAGCCCUGGAGGAGUGUUGCGUCACUGAGAUCGACGAAGACAAGUAUGCAGUGAGGUUCAUUCCCAGAGAGAAUGGUCUGUACCUGAUCGAUGUGAAGUUUAAUGGCUCCCAUAUCCCUGGAAGUCCUUUCAAGAUCAGAGUAGGAGAGGCAGGCCAGGCUGGAGAUCCAGGCAUGGUGUCUGCUUAUGGAGCUGGUCUGGAGGGUGGAAACACUGGAUCUCCAUGUGAAUUUAUUGUGAACACAAGCUCAGCUGGCCCUGGAGCGCUGGCAGUAACAAUUGAUGGGCCUUCCAAAGUAAAGAUGGACUGUCAGGAGUGUCCAGAGGGAUACAAGGUCACCUACACACCCAUGGCACCUGGAAACUACCUAAUCUCUAUUAAAUAUGGUGGACCCUACCAUAUUGUUGGCAGCCCCUUUAAAGCUAGAAUUACUGGCUCUCGUCUUGUUAGUAGCCACAGCAUGCAUGAAACCUCAUCAGUGCUGGUUGACCCUGUGACCCGCAGUGUGACCUCCAGUCAGCAGGCAGCACCGGGUUGGGCUAGCUCUGAUGCUAGCCGCGUGGUGGCUAAAGGCCUGGGGCUUACAAAGGGCUUCAUUGGCCAGAAAAACAGCUUCAGUGUAGACUGCAGCAAAGCAGGAAGAAACAUGCUGCUGGUUGGAGUGGACGGCCCUAAAGUACCCUGUGAAGAGAUCUUGGUCAAACACCUGGGCAACCGCCUCUAUAAUGUGUCCUACCAGCUGAAAGAGAAGGGCGAGUACAUUUUGGUGGUAAAAUGGGGUGAUGACCACAUUCCUGGGAGCCCGUUCCACAUCACUGUCUAAUGCCAACCCCAACCAAAGUGGCCAACAACCAUAGCCAAGACUUGUGCUCCUGCAUCCCAAAGAUAAAUACAUAAACACUGAAUCUUCUCUUGCUGACUUGCUGAUCACUCAUUUCUCUGUAUACUGUACUUUUUCCCCUUCAUCUGUCUAGUUCCCUUCCUCUAGCACAGCCAGGCUGUUUUGCAGUGUUCAGUAGUACUGUUAAGCAGGUACCGGUCAUGGUGGCUCUCACAUUCUCAAAGGUUUACACCAGUAUGUUUACUGAUCUUUCCUGAACACAACAGGGCUGCUACAGUUUGUUUGCCUGUUUUAGGAUGCUGCUGUUUAAACUCCUGUGAGUAGCAGACGAGAGAGGAGUGUUGCAUCCUUUUGAAAGAGCACAGACACCUUACCAUUGGGUGACAUGAAACUUAUUAGUACUUCAUAAUGCCUCUUGUGCCUUUCACACAACUGAAUUAACACUGGUGCCAAAGCUGUGGGUUUGCCCUAUUGCCUUAUAUUUUUUUUGGUGUGACUUACAUUUUCCAAUGCACUUUGUAGAGCUGAACAUUUGCUCCCUUGGUUGAGAAAAUCUCUACUUUUAGACUGAAAUUAAAGAAGACUUCUGAACCAGGUUCUAAUGACUAGUAAAAAAAAAAAAAAAAAAAAAAAAAAAAA